AUGAAUUCCCACGUCUUCGACAUCGAGCCAUUGCAUCGCUUUUCCGGCUCGAAUGCGGCCAUUCGACGUCCUAGAGAAAUCGCAUGCUUUUCCUACGAUGACGAGCACAACUUUCGCCUGGACGAUUCGUCCAUGAAUUACUACUAUCCACCGCAACCACCGCAGUUGCCUCUCGACUUGAGCGCGGGCUUUGAGACGUUCCAAAAACUUAAUGAUGCACCGGACGAGCAUCUAGACGCGCUUUUAGAUACCAUAACGGCUUUGGAACAGAAUACGGGGUCGAGAUGCGAAACGGAUAUCGUCACCUGGAGAGGAAUGAUGACAAAGAUAAUGACCGCGCCUUUCGAUGUGUUGAACGGGUUUGAAAUGAACGCGACAUAUUUCCAAGGAUCGAUAUUUAUAGAAGAGAACAAUUCGUAUAAGAAUACUCAAAAGGAGAUUCAGAGGAAUCAACGAAUGCCGCCAGGGAUGCCAUCGCAAGACAUGAUGGCCUAUUGGGGUUACAAAUUUGAAACUGUCUCCAUCCUUCCAAAUACCUGGGGCGAAACAAGUCGGGAUAAGAUUGAAGGCCGAAUUCACGAUGUUGUGAACAACAAGGCUCAGUAUUGUUCUGUCGUACGGACUGGCUUUGGUAGAGUCAAAAUGAUCAUCGGCGGUGAGGUCGAUGCUAUCUGGGAUAGCAAGCCAAACCGUAAAGAGGAUCCAAUAAACUGGGUGGAACUGAAAACAAGCGCUGAGCUUUUCAACGACAAGGAGAGGAUUAAGUAUGAGCGUAAACUGCUUAAAUUCUGGGCCCAGUCGUUUCUUUUGGGAGUCCCCAAGAUUAUUGUCGGGUUUCGCGAUAAAGCCGGAAUGCUUCUGCGAAUCGAAGAAGUGGAAACUCAAGGGAUACCUGGCAAGGUCAAACGAGAAGGCCGAGGGAGCUGGGAUGGCAACAUCUGCAUCAACUUCACCGCAGCUUUUCUCGAAUGUAAGACCCGUCUUAUAUUACGGCCGCAUGAAAGAAACCGAGCUGACAGAUUCUCAUCCACCAGGGCUUAA